AUGACAUGGCCGGAAUGCGAUCAGGCCAGAAAACCGUUAAAUUUGGGCUCUGCUUGGCUCAGUUUUGUGGGUGUAAUUAAUGUUGAUGUUCCAGAAGUGCAAGUGAAGUCGAUAUCAGAUCAUAUUCGCCCUGACCGGCAGUGCUUAAUGUUUAGCGCUACAUUCAAAAGCAAAGUGGAAAGACUGGCUAGAGAAGCGCUUACAGAUCCUGUGCGCAUUGUGCAAGGAGAAAUUGGCGAGGUAUUGCCAUUUUUAAUGCAUUCCAUCCUUAACUUAUGUCUUUUUGCUGAGAUCGCCCGGAUAAAUGGUCUCGAGUUUUUGAUUGUUCCUCCACCUAUGCCUCCUUACUACUACAGUUAUCGAGUUAUCGAUGUGCUAAUUGUUAUUAGAAAAGUUGCCGCAUCGUGUAAUGUCCUGAGCAUCUCUCAGUUAUUUUUUUUUUCUGCAUAUAUCACUUUUUGA